CUGAAUUGCACUGAGUAGAGGCCCGUUUUGCAUUUUGAGGAACACAAGAGAGCCACCAGAAACAUUCUAGGACAGUGGAAGAGAAGACAGAUAAUUAAAAGACUUUUUCGUCAUAAUGGAAAUCCCUGACAUGUCUUCACUGCAACUACACAGUCGGCCAGAGAUGUUUGAUUUUGAGGGUAUUUCUAUGACCCACUUUUUCACUGACAACUGGGAAAAGGUGAAAAACUUUCAAGCAAGACCUGAUGACAUUCUUAUCGCCACUUAUCCCAAAGCAGGUACCACAUGGGUUUCUUAUAUACUGGACCUUCUGUAUUUUGGUAAGGAUGAUCUAGAGCGUCAGACUUCCCAGCCAAUCUAUGAGAGAGUCCCAUUCCUGGAGUCAUGCUUUCAAGACUUGAAAGUUAUAGGGACAGAAAUGGCUGAUCAUCUGCCCACCUCUCCUCGUCUCAUCAAAACUCAUUUACCUGUUCAGCUGGUACCCAAGUCCUUCUGGGAGCAGAACUCAAGGGUUGUGUAUGUAGGACGUAAUGCAAAAGACAAUGCUGUUUCCUAUUUUCAUUUUGACCGAAUGAACAAGGUACAGCCUGAACCCGGAGACUGGAACAACUUCUUAGAGAAAUUUAUGAAAGGGAAAAAUGUGUUUGGUCCUUGGUAUGAUCAUGUCAGUGGAUGGUGGGAGAAAAAACAGACGUAUUCUAACCUACUGUACUUGUUCUAUGAGGAUUUGGUUGAAGACACUGGACGUGAGGUGGAACGUUUGUGCUCUUUCUUGGGUUUGUCCACCUCAGUCGAAGAAAGGGAGAAAAUAACAAAAGAGGUUCAGUUUGAUGCCAUGAAACAGAACAACAUGACCAACCAUGUCACAGUCCCUGUCAUGGACUUCAAGAUCUCACCCUUCAUGCGGAAAGGUAAAGUUGGAGACUGGAAAUGUCACUUCACAGUGGCACAAAAUGAAGAGUUUGAUGAGGUCUACAAAGAGAAGAUGAAGAAUACUACUGUCAAGUUCCGCACUGAGAUUUAAUAUUACAGUUCUAGAUCUUACACCAGAAUCAGUUGUCUGGCAGAAGGUUAAUUGUUGCUCUUCUGUUUUCACAUAGAGGAUAUUUAAGAUGUUUUUGUACACAAACACUGUGAAAACUUAAAGACAUAGUUCACCCCAAAAAUGAAAAUGUUCAUCAAUUACUCACCCUCAAGUUGUUCCAAACCUGUAGAAAUUUCUUUGCUCUGCUGAAAACAAAUGAAGAUAUUUUGAAGAAUGUUUGUAACCAAAUGAAUUUGGGGCACUAUUGACUUCCAUAGUAUUUUUUCCCCCUCCAUACUGUGGAAGUCAAUGGAGCUCAUCAACUGUUCGGUUACAAACAUUAUUCAAAAUAUCUUUCUGGUAUAUAUGGUAAAAAUAUCAUUUGUAAGUCAAAUGCUAAUUUCUUUUCAUGAAAAAACUUAAAUAAUAGAUGUACAUUUUUGGAUGUCCAAUUCAAACAAUCAAUUCAGUGCUACAACCUGAGCGGUUUUAGUUGGUGUGCAUCAGUGACAACAUAAUCACACCUUCACACCUGUAACGCAUAUUGUGUAGUUUGGAAACAAGAAAGAAAUCCCUGUAUGCCAUACCGUGCCGAUUGCUAAUUCUGAAUCCUAAUUACUUCAGUAAAUCUCUGUAGUGAAUGCAACUUACAA